GACACUGGUUGGAAUAAUAUUCCUUUCGUUAGUCUUCUGUCUUCUUAUUGCGACUUGGAAGGGGUUGGUGUUCUAGUGCUCAGUUAUACGCGGUUGUAUCAAGAAAAAUCAGCUUUUUCAAGAUAUAACAUCUGGCGACGGGUUAUUGUAUCAAUAUGUCACUUACCUUGGAACAAUUUGAAGCCUUAUUGGAACGCCAAGAAAAGUUCCAGAUGCGCAUGUUAGAGAUGCUAACGCAGAAAAUGAACCUGGAUCAAAAAGAAGUUACAGAUGAUCCCUUCAAAUCUCAUGUUGACCAGACUGUUAAUUCUAUCCUUGAAUUUAAUUUUGAUGGUUCAGCUGGCAUUACUUUUGAAACUUGGUUCAAGAAAUAUGAAGAUUUGUUCAAGGUCGACCUCAAAAAACUUGAUGACGCCGCUAAGGUCAGAAUACUCUUGCGGAAACUUGGAACUGUUGAACAUGAACGUUACAGUAACUUUAUCCUUCCAAAGAAUCCAAGAGAUUUUUCUUUUGAUGCAACGAUUGAAAUUUUGUCGCAAAUUUUUGCUGAACAGUCAUCUUUGUUUAACAUUCGUUAUCAAUGUCUCAAGAUGACAAAAGCAGGUGAUGAUGACUGGGUGAAACAUGCGGGUUUAGUAAACCGUGAAUGUGAGCGUUUCAAACUAUCAGCAAUGACAGAAGACCAGUUUAAGUGUCUCGUAUUUGUGUGCAGCCUCCAAUCUCCCGAAGAUGCCGAUAUUAGAACUAGAAUUUUGAGUAAAAUUGAACAAUGCCCGAAUAUGACACUACAAGAAGUAACCGCAGAGUGCCAGAGAUUGGUGAACCUAAAGCAUGAUACUUCGAUGGUCGAAAAUAAUGGCCAGUUGCCAUACGUUCGUGCUGUAAGUGGAAAGAACGAUUCUUGCUCAAGAAAGGCAUCGCACACAGAUAAUCAGCCUUCAUCUCCAUGUUGGUCUUGUGGUGGUUGGCAUUAUAAAAGGUUCUGCCCAUAUAAAGAACAUUGUUGUAGCAAGUGUCAUCGCAAGGGACAUAAAGAAAACUGCUGCAGAAAAAGAACCCAUAAACGACAUUCUUUGAAACCCUACUCGAGGAAAUACAGAUUUAGUGCUCGAACUAACAAAAUAUUGGUAUCACAUAAUCGAGCACGAACUUGCCGCCAAAGAAAGUAUGUAAACUUGGAUAUAAAUAAAAAGCGUGCCCGCCUGCAACUCGACACCGCUUCUGACAUCACACUUAUUAGUCAGAGAACUUGGAAUCUUAUCGGUAAACCACAGGUGCUCCCAACAACCCAGUCAGCUCACAGCGCAUCUGGAGGAAAACUAAAUAUUGUUGGAGAGGUUUGUUGUACAGUCUCGAAGGGAAAUGCGGAAACGAAUGCAACUUUAUAUCUUACACAGAAUCCAGGACUAGAUUUGCUAGGUCUAGACUUGAUAGAAGCACUUCAAUUAGCAAAUCACCCCAUUAACCACAUAUGCAGCGCAGUGAGAACCAGUAAACCGGUGGAAAAGGAUCUGAAGAGUGUUGUACUGGAAAGACACAGUCAAGUGUUUACGGAAGAGUUGGGGGAAUGCAAAAAGGUUAAAGCACUAUUGAUUCUUAAACCGGGAGUCACCCCAGUCUUCAGACCAAAACGUCCGGUACCCUAUGCAGCACUACCUAUUGUUGAACAAGAAUUAGAGCGUCUGCAAAGAAGUGGAAUAAUCGAACCAGUAAACUUUUCUGAUUGGGCAGCUCCAAUAGUGAUUGUUAAAAAGCCUAAUGGAAGUAUCCGGUUAUGUGCAGAUUAUUCGACUGGAUUAAAUGAAGCGCUUGAAGCCCAUCAAUACCCAUUGCCGGUACCAGAAGAUUUAUUUGCGAAACUGAAUGGGGGUAAGUAUUUUGCGAAAUUAGACCUAUCAGACGCUUAUCUACAGAUUCCGGUAGCGGAUGAGUGUAAGCAUUAUUUGACAAUAAACACUCACAAGGGAUUGUUCCGAUAUAACCGACUUCCUUUUGGAGUAAAGACUGCCCCUUCAAUCUUCCAACAAGUUAUGGACACUAUGUUACAAGACAUUCCUGGUACCGCGGCUUAUCUCGAUGAUAUAUUGAUCAUGGGUACAGACUAUGCUGAUUUAGAGAAUAAGGUGGAUACGGUUCUCAGACGCAUAGCAGAUUAUGGAUUAAGACUGCGUGCCGAAAAAUGUGAUUUUUACAUGGAGCAAGUCCGGUAUUUGGGAUUCAUAAUUGAUAAAAACGGGAGAAAACCUGAUCCUGAAAAUGUCGAAGCCAUUAAGUCCAUGCCUCCACCGACGGAUGUGUCAACUUUACGUUCUUUCUUGGGGAUGGUUAGUCAUUAUGGAGUUUUUCUGCCAGAUCUGCAUCGCCAUCGUGCUCCUCUUAAUUGCUUAUUGAAAAAGGAUACUAAAUGGUUCUGGUCAACUGAAUGCCAAGAAGCAUUCCUAAAACUGAAGCAGUUUCUAUCAUCGAAUCUUCUCCUUACACACUAUGAUCCCGAUCUUCCAAUUAUAGUCGCAGCAGAUGCGUCGAACUACGGAAUUGGAGCAGUAAUCUCACAUGCCUACCCUGACGGUUCUGAGAAAGCAAUCGCUCACGCUGCGAGAUCUCUGACUAUGACUGAAAGAAACUACAGUCAAAUUGAAAAAGAAGCCCUCGCGAUUAUAUUUGCUGUAAAAAAGUUCCACAAGAUGUUGUUUGGUCGGCAGUUCACCUUACUUACAGACCAUAAACCUUUACUGACAGUUUUUGGAUCUAAAAAAGGCAUCCCGGUAUAUACAGCAAACCGGCUACAGAGAUGGGCUACCACACUGCUGGGUUAUGAUUUCAAGAUAAAUUAUCAACCAACAACGGAUUUCGGACAGGCAGAUGCACUCUCAAGAUUGAUUGGUCUUCAUGAAAAACAAGAAGAAGAGGUGCUUGUAGCUGCUAUAGAUGUCGAGGCCGAGGUUCACAAAAUAUUGUCAGACGCAGUUUCCGGACUCCCGGUCACAUUUGAAGCCAUUAAAGAGGCCAGCAAGAAGGAUAAUGUAUUAAAGAUUGUUCGCCAUUGCAUACUCAAUAAAUGGCCUUCAUCUAGAUUACACGGAGAACUCCUACAAUACUUUCGUCGACGAGAGUCAUUAACAGUUGUCGAUUCAUGUAUAAUGUUUGGCCAUCGUAUCGUUAUCCCCAGAAAUCUUCGACACCAAGUCAUUAAACAGUUUCACAGCGGGCAUCCAGGGAUAAGUAAAAUGAAGUCACUAGCUCGUAGCUAUGCAUACUGGCCGUCAAUGGACCAUGAGAUAGAGCAAAAAUGUCGCAGCUGUUGGUCCUGUCAAGAGGCUGCAAAGAAUCCAACGAGAGCUGAGCCACAACCAUGGCCUAAACCGGACGGGCCUUGGCAAAGAAUACAUGCUGAUUUCGCCGGACCGAUACAAGGCAGGAAUUACUUAGUUGUUGUAGAUACUUUCACAAAAUGGCCGGAAGUAUAUGACAUGCCGAAUACGACUUCAGAUAGUACCAUAAGAAGAUUGUCAGGAUUGUUUGCCUGUUUUGGGGUUCCAGAGAUCUUAGUGACUGACAAUGGUACUCAGUUUAUGUCAUCUGCCUUCAAACGCUUCUGCAACGAGAAUGGCAUAUUGCAUCUACAAUCUCCUCCAUACCAUCCUCAGUCGAAUGGCCAGGCAGAACGAUUCGUGGAUACAAUUAAAAGAGCUCUGGUCAAAGGGGGAGGUGAGGGUGUCCCGGAACAAGUGAUUAAUAAGUUCUUGAUGUCUUACAGAGUUACCCCUAAUCCGGCAGUACCAGAAGAAAAGUCUCCGGCCGAGUGUAUGUUCGGAAGGAAAAUCCGGACAGUUUUUAACAGUAUGUUGCCGCCCAAAAAGACAAAUAAACCCACGAAUGAAAAUCGUAAGGUCAAUCGUAGCUUCCAGGUGGGUGAAAAGGUACUUGUCAGAUCGUAUCAAGGUAAUAGGAAGUGGGAACCAGGUGUCAUAGAACGUCGAAUCGGAAAUGUGCUGUACCUAGUCCGGAAAGAUGUCGGGAAAUGCAUAAGACAUAUAAAUCAAAUGCAAAGAAAUGAUAGUACAGUGGUCCCAGAAAACCGGCUCCCAUUUCAAUUGCUCGUAGAUUCGUUUCAGAAGAACCAUCAUGAGCGCAAAUAUCGAAAAGACAAACGACGCAGAGAGAAGGCUGUACAACCUUCGAGAGUAAUGGACCGCAAGAGGAAUGCGACACCCAAGCUUCAGGUGGAUCCAAGAAAAAAAUCUUACACAACGAACUUUAAAGGGGGGAGGUGUGACGACGGACCACCGGUGAACUCGAGGAAGCUGUAAGAGGCUCAUAAGGAGCCGAAGACGUUCCAUCCAAUCACCUUUCGGAAGAAUGUUCUAGAAUUCCAACGUGUAGCUUCCCCAUUGGAUAAUGCUAAUAACCCCCUGUACGCAGAUUGGAAGACUGUAAUGAUGAUUUCGUUCUCACUAAAAACUAUAAAUACCCGACAAUUUUGUACUAUGUUUGACACUGGUUGGAAUAAUAUUCCUUUCGUU